AUGGGCAUUUUCUAUUUUGUAGCAUUGGGGGCAGCACUGCCUGGCUCUGGCUCUGGGGGAGGCGGCUGGAGGGGCGAGCGACCCCUGGCGUGGAGCUGGCGAAGAAACGUGCGCCACUGGGGGAAAGGCUCGCCAAAAGAGGACCGCGGCCGCAAGGUGAGAGGGCGGCAGGUUCAUGAGAGGAGCAGGAGCAGGCAGCUAAGGGGGGAAGGGCGGCUGGAGGGGCGACCCCUGGCUGUGGAGCUGGCGAAGAGGAGAGCUUCUCUGGGCGAAGAGGAGAGCUUCUCUGGGCGAAGAGGAGAGCUGCUCUGGGCGAAGAGGAGAGCUUCUCUGGGCGAAGAGGAGAGCUUCUCUGGGCGAAGAGGAGAGCUUCUCUGGGCGAAGAGGAGAGCUUCUCUGGGCGAAGAGGAGAGCUUCUCUGGGCGAACGGCUGGCCAAACGAGGCCCACGCCCACUAGGUGGCCGGAGGGGCGACUUUUGGCAGUGGAGCUGGCAAAGAGGAGAGCUUCUUUGGGCGACAGGCUGGCCAUGAGAGGGCUGCAAGCCCACCAGGUGGAGGACCAGGAUGAUUUGACUGGCCUGCACGAGCUGGCUGGGAAGGAGCAACGCGAUGGUUCGUCCAACCAUGUCUCCCUUGCUCCAUGCCUUGCUCCCUUCCCUUUUGCUCCUAUCUCUCCGUUGGCCUUUCUUGCAGCCCACCAGGUGGAGCACCAGGAUGAUCUGACGGGCCUGCACGGGCUGGGAAGGAGCAGCGCCCACCAGGUGGAGCACCAGGAUGAUCUGACGGGCCUGCAUGGGCUGGGAAGGAUCAGUGGUGGUGCUGCUGAUCUUGCUGCUGCUUCAGUUCCUUGCACCCACCCACCCACCUCUUCCCCCUGGCCAGCCCGCACGGUGGUGUUUGGGGGCCUACGUCUCAAAACACUUCUUCAAGCAGUGCUGCAGGUCCUGUCCACAGCUGCUACCAUCGCUGCUCCACAGGAGGUCAUCAACCCUUUCUUCCCCGUACCACCUUGUUCGUUCCUCGCUUCUAUCUCCCAGGCCAGCCUGCACGGUGGUGUUCGGGCUCUCAUCCCCAGCAGCGGUGGCCCAUGUCCUCUCUGCCACCAGCCAGCCCGCACGGUGGUGUUCGGAGGGCUCUCAUCCGCGGAAGCUGUAACCCAUGUCCUCUCUGCGGCUGCCGCCAUUGCUACCCCUGAGGAGGUCACCAACCCUCUUCCAGAGGAUGCCGUGAAGGAGAGAGGUCUGGCCCUUGAUGGCUGCACUCUCCCCGCCCUCUCUGUCAUCUUCCCGUCGGUGCGCGCCGCCCGCCAGGCUGUGGCAUCGCUGCACGGCUCUACGGUUGUGGGCGGCAUAGUGGAGGGCGGCGCCGAGGCUGGUGGCUCGGAGCAGAGCGCUACUGUGUGGGCGAGGCAGCUGGGCGGCGAGGGUUCAAAGACCCUCAGCAAUCGAGUCAUCAUUCGCAACCUGCCCUUCAAGGUGGCAGAAGCGGAUUUGAGGAAGGCCUUUGCUGUUGCGGGCUUCCCAUGGGCAAUCAAGAUACCACACGGGGAGGACGGCAGGCCUCGUGGAUUCGCUUUUGUCACAUUCACUACAAAGAGCGAUGCAGCAAAGGCUAUUGAAAAGGUCAACGGCAUGACCAUCAACGGUCGAUCCGUUUCGGUGGGAUGGGCGGUGGCAAAGAGGGAGCACAUGGAGAGUGUGGAGAAGGAGAAAGCCAAGGAGAACAGAGAUGGUUUGUCAAUGCUGUUUGAUGAUGAUGAUGAUGAUGAGGAGGAGGAGAUGAACGAGGGGGAGGAGGAUAAGGAGGAAGCGGAAGAUAAGGAAGAUGAGGAGGAGGGAGAAGAUGAGGAAGGGGAGGAGGAGGAGGAUGAGGAAGAGGACGAGGAGGAAAUGGAAGAAGAGGAAGAGGAGGAGGAGGACGAGAGGGAAGCAAGGGUGAAUGGUCUAUUGGAUUUGGAAGCAGAGGAGGAUGAAGAGGAGGAAGAGGAGGAAGAGGAGGAAGAGGAGGAAGAGGAGGAAGAGGAGGAAGAGGAGGAAGAAGGAAGUGAGAAGGAAGAGGAUGAGGAUGAGAGUGAGGAGGGAGAGGAGGACGAGGACGAGGAGGGGGGAGAGGAAGAAGAGGACGAGGAGGAUGAAACAGAUGAUGAGGAGGAGGAGGUAGAUUGGGAGAUGGAGAUGGGUGGUGGUGGCAGCAGUGGUGCCGUGCAAGGGAGUGAGAAGGAUAUGAUGCUACGGGUGCUGUCCCGAGUGGUUGAGCAGGGGAAGGGGGAGGAGGGGAAGGAGGGCGCAGGGGAGGAAGAAGGGGUGAAAGCAAAAGGUGUGGUUGUGAAAGGUGGGAAGGAAGGGGAUGCAGGAAAAAAGGGGAAGGAAGGGAAGGAGGCGAAAGAAGGAAAGGAAGCGAAGGGAAAGAAGGGUGACGCAGAGGAUAAGGGGGCAGCAGGGAAGAAGACAGGCCCUCGUGAUGGCAAGGAAGAAGAAAUGGGUGCGGAGGAAGGCGAGGUGGCGAAGGAUGGGAAGGAAGAGAAGGAAAAGGCGCCGCCAGCGACGGUGUUUGUGAGGAACCUGCCUGUGGAUGCCUCAGCUGACCGCAUUCGAGCGGCUUUUGAACGGUUCGGCAAGGUGGCUGACUGCAGAGUCGUGCUGCACCCGGUUACCAGGCGUCCCCGAGGCUCGGCAUUCGUCCGGUUCGAAACGCCCGAAGCAGCGCAAGCCGCUGUGGCAGGCUCUGUCCGAGUCGCAAAGGCCAGGGCCGAGGCUGGGGAAGAGGGUCGGAAGGGAGGAGUGGAGGAGGGGAUGGUGGUGGUGGGGGGGCAACAAGCCCUUGUUACUCUGGCAGUGCGACGGGAGGAGGUCUCGAAAGUGGUUGAGAAGAGGAAGCAGGCGGAGCAGACAGGCAAAGGGAGAGAGGAGGACAGAAGGAACCUUCACCUGCUGGAGGAGGGGGUGAUAAAGGAGGGUACACGAGCAGCGGAGGGGAUGUCAGCAACAGACAUGGAGAAGAGGAAGAGGCUGCAGCGCGAGAAGCUGAUGAAACUAAGGAGCCCCAACUUCUCUGUGUCGUUGACGCGCCUGGCGGUGCACAACGUGCCAAAAGAGAUGGACGAGAAGCAGCUGAAGCAGGUGUUUGUGGAUGCUGUUAAGGCGCGAGCCAAGAAGCAGAAGCCGCAUGUGAAACAUGUGAAGGUGCUGAGGGAAGCAGACCGGGUGGGGCCAGACGGCAAGCCGAGGUCCAAGGGAGCGGCGUUCAUUGAGUUCAGUGAACACCAGCAUGCUGUGGCGGCUCUCAGGGCGCUCAACAACCACCCCAACGGCAAGCCGAGGUCCAAGGGCGCGGCGUUCAUUGAGUUCAGUGAGCAUCAGCACGCUGUGGCGGCUCUGAGGGCGCUCAACAACCAUCCCAUUCAUGAGACAGAGGCAAAGGGAAAGGCGUUCAUUGAGUUUAGUGAGGCAUGCGGUGGCAGCACUGAGGGCGCUCAACAACCAUCCCAGCCCUCUACUCCCGUGACAAGCCCGCCCACAGUGGAGUUUUGCGAUCAAGUGGCCAUAGUGAAGCAGAGGCAGCACACUUCCACACCUCUCCUUUAUUUCUGUGCCUUCCUCCCUUAUCUAUGCUUUUCCCUUGCAUCCCUGGAGCCAUCUUCUCUCGUGAUGCUCGCCCCAUAUGGAGUUUGCCAUCGAGAAUGUAUCCAUCGAGAAGCAGAGGCAGCGCACGUCCAUUCCCCCACCCCUUCAUCCGGUUCCCUCUCUCACUUCCAUUCCCCUCCUUCAUCCAUGCCCCACCCGUACAUUCUUGCAGCCAUCUUCUCUCGUGAUGCUCGCCCCAUAGUGGAAUUUGCCAUCGAGAAUGUAUCCAUCGUGAAGCAGAGGCAGCACACGGUGAGGCAGCAGAGCGACAGGCGGCAGGCAGUGCGGCAACAGCAGAAGCAGGAGAAGAGGCAGCAGCAGAAGCAGCAAGAAGCUGGUGCUGCUGGUCUGGGGAAAGCAAGGGGUGCAAAGAGAAAGCCUGAAGAGGGCGAGGCACCCGAUGGUGGUGCCACGGAGGGGUCUCCAGUAAAGAAGAAGCAGAAGCAGGUGAAAGGAGCCAAGGGGAAGGGGCAGGGGAAGGACGUGAAGGGACAGGGGAAGGAUGUGAAGGGGCCUGAGGGACCACUGGGGCAAGCAGGUGGGAAGGCGGGCGCUGCAGCAGAGCAGCAGAGGAUUGGUGCAAAGACAGCUGGUACAACGGAACAGAGCGGAUUGAGAGGCAGUGGGAAGGGCGAGUUAAAGAGGAAGCAGAAGGGUGGAGCAGGGAGCGCUGGCGUGUCUGCUGCUGCUGUAGUGAAAGCUGCUGGUGCUUUGUCUGCUGCUGCUAUGAAGGCUUCUGGUGCCUCUCAUGCUGCUGCAUUGAGUCCUGGUGCUAAAAAGGCAAAGACAGAACCAAGGAGGGGAGCAGCAGCAGUGGCAAUGAAAGCUGUUGCUACCUCCCCUGCUGCCGCAGUGACUCCCAGUUCUAAAAAAGCAAAGACAGACGCAAGGAGAGGAGAAGCAGCGGCUGCGGUAAUGGAGGCUAGGCGGGCGCAAGCAGCAAUGGCUGGGCUGGGGAGUGGAGGUGGUGGGGGAGAGAGGGGCAAGGUGAGGAGCAAGAAGGGGUCGGAGCACCAGGAGUUGGUGGAUGAGCUUGAUAGGCUCGUGGCGGCUUACAGAUCAAAGAAUUAUGGUUCCCAACUCCCCUGCGCGUCCGCCCUCUCCACUGCUAGAACAGACAUGGCUACGGGCCCCGCCUCCGUACCCGUCAUGAACGAGGCCACGGUUCGACGCGGCCUCAUCCUUAGUGCAGGCGGGGUCGAGGUGGAGGUGUUCGAAGACCAGCUGAAUGCGAUUAGAGAGGCGCCGAAAGGGGAGCUCGACGAGAGCAUGAUGGUCGCGGGCGUCGUGUGGAUGAAGAAGCAGCUUCGCGCCGAGUACGCGAUGACCCACCAGGCUCUGACCGAGGACGACCAAGAAGUGUUGAAGGUGAUGGACCUUCGUCUGGAGUUUAACGAGGAUUUCAACCAUCUGCUGUUUUCGAGAAAGAUCGACCAGCUGGCGGAGGGAGCAAGUGUGGGAGGGGGUGUCGACCACGAGGGAGGAGGCGAGAAGACGGGACGCGUCGUGAUUGAGUACAGCGUCGAGGAGGAGGAGGAGGAGGAGAUCGAGGAGGAUACAUCGAGGCAGGCUCAGCACGGGGCGAGCGGCCCGGGCGGCGAUGCGAACCAGGACGAGGACUCGAGCUCGGAAUCGAGCCCCGGCUCGAGCUCGAGCGAUGAGUCGGUCGAGGACGACGGUGAGGGCGCCGGACAUCGAACGGAGCGUACGGGGGAGCACGGAGUGGCGCUCGGGGAGCGGGUGGACGAGCGAGUAGAGCUUAUCGAGCAGCAGGCGACAGGGGAAACAAAGACUGUCGAGGAGCAGGAGGGCGGAGCGGCUGCGCAGGAGGGUGGGGUCGGAGGGCAGCAGCAGGUGGUGGGCGAGGUGGCUGCGCAGGAGGGCGGGGCAGGAGGGCAGCAGCAGGAGGGCGUGGCUGCUGCGCAGGUGGGUGGGGCAGGAGUGCAGCAGCAGGAGUUUAGGGUUGCGGCUGCGCGGGUGAGUGGGUCGGGAGGGCAGGAGCAGGAGGUCGGGGAGGCUGUUGAGGAGAACCUGUUGGAAGGGGCGCGGGCGAAGAUCGACGAGAUGAGCGGGAAGAUCAUCGAGGGGGUGGUAGCCGCCAUCACAAAAGCGAGCGAGGACGCCGUCGAGAAGCAGCUCAAGCAGGUCGAGGAGCGGCUGGUUGCUGCGGUGCUGAAGGGUUUCGAGAAAGCCAUCAUGGAGGACAUGUUUUGCUCCACUCUCCCACCCGAGACCAUGAAGGAGCUGAAGGACCUUGUGAGGGAAGGAUACCAAGAAGCCGAAGCAGGGAGGUUGGAAGUCCUCACCGAAGCGAUGGCGAGAGGUUUUCAGCGCUCGGCGGGCCCGUCGACGAGGUCGCGUCAGGAGGGUGUGGGAGGGGUUCGCAGCGGGGCUGAGCCUCGAGGUCACGAGCGGUCGGUUCCUCCGUCUUCUUCGGUGGGAGGACAUGUCGGCAGCCCGGUUGGAUCCCCACCGGCGCGUGGCCGUCAUCCCGUCGCCAAGCCCGUCCCCGAAGUCAUCGUACUCGACCAGUCAGCCCUCCCGAAGACCUCCGUAGCGGCUCCAAUCGAUCAACCUGAUGCGUUUGCUUCGAUGCGGGACAUGCUGCAAGACCUGGGGAAAACGGGUGGGAAAGGAGUGGUCGUGGGGGAGAAAAGUGGUGCCCCGAACGAGCACGUCGCCUCGACCGGGAACAGAGCCCUAGGAAUGCGAGGUGCCUCUACCCCGUCAGGCGGCGGUGCAGGGAAAGGAGCGGGAGAAGCAAGCGCUGGGUUGCUGUCGAAGCCUAAAGCGGCAUCAGCUGCGCACAACGGUGGUGCUGGCCUUGCUGCCGGGCUUGUGGGAAAUUGGGCGUCUUCCUCAACCCCUCCAGUUGCUCCUUUCGCCGCUGCUCCGUCCCUAGGCAACGUUUGCCUUAGCGAUCCGGGCUCCCCUUCAAAGUCGAAGAAGAAGCCGGCUGCGACGAAGUCGUCGAAGCGCGCUGCACACGCGACAGAGAGCCUUGACGUGGUGGAGCUGGCCAGCGUCCCUGGUCAGGCGCCUGUCGAGAAGACCUCUAUUGUCGUUGCUGCUCGACAGGAAAAGGCGAAGAAGGCCAGGGUCACGGGUCACACCCCACCUCCUCGACCGGACGACCAAGGCAAGACGAGAGGCUGCAAACGUCCCUUCAAAGGACUGGGUUUCGGGUUGCGGAAGGGGAAGCUGGUUUCCGAGCAGACCGUCGGCGGGAGGAAGCGGUUCCUUGGCACAUUUGAAACAGAGAAGGACCAGAAGUUCUGUACGGCCGUCUGCUGGCGCGUGUACUUCCCCGACGUUGUCCUUACGGAGUACGAAGGGUACACGGCGCAGGAUGAGGAGGACUGGAAGGUCUACCUUGAUGCGGCCGCAGAAAUGCCAACCGGCGUUUGGAGCGUGGCGCAAGAACAAGGGGAAUGCCGUUUUGACGAUUACCUGUCGCUGUUGGCGACGGCAAAAAAGGAAGCGAAAGCUGGAACCGAGAGGGGAAUCGCGCUGUGCGUGGCGAUUGGUAAGGUCGCGACGCUUGGCCUGAAGCACGGGAAUCUGAUUUACCCGGUCCCGAAGGGCAUGGCGGCGACACCGCACAUGAUGGCCAUCGCAGCAACUGUGGCGAGCUUGUGGGCGGCCUGCAGGAAGUUGUCGAGGGAGGAUAUUAAGAAGGACGCCCUAGCUGCCGCAAACGGGGCGAUCUACGCCCCGGAGACUGCAAAGAAGGCUUGUGUGGCUGCCAUGUCCGCACUCGUGUCAAUACUUUUGCACGUCGGCAAGACGUUCCCGGCGAAGCAGUGGCCCGAUCACCUGUAUUCGUCGGCUGUCGAAGGUCUCGGCUCGACGGACGCCAUAUUGCUGCAGAUGCUGCGCGUGGCAGCACAGGUCUGUACGCAAUGGUGCUGCUGUCGAGCUGCUGCCCGCUUGCUGGAGGACGCGGGCUAUGGCAGCCUGGCUAUGCCAGAAGAAAAGAGCAAGGCGAAGCAGGGCGUCGAGGAUGCAGCUGAGACGGAAACUAGCGGGCAAGGGGAGUAG